CCCCAGGCCCUGGGGGAAGAAGGGCGUGAUUCUCUCUGGACCAUUGCUGAGGCGUGGGGGGUGGUGCGGGUAAGGGCCCGUGAGGCACUGGGCCUGGGAGUGGAGGCUCCUGGCCUGUGGGCAGGAAGUGUGAGGUGCGCAGCAGCUGGGGAGCCCUGGGGAGGCCAGGGGAGCAGAGCGGGAGGGGUGAGAGUGUCUGGGGGUGCGGGGAACGGAAGUCGGAAGCGCCAGCCACCACAUUCACCACUCACAGGACGGACAGGCUGUGCAGCAGGAACUGCCCCCUGGGGCCAGGCUCACUGGUCCUUUCCUGGGGUCUUUGAAGGGCCGAGUGGAUUCCCGAUGCCCCUGUGGCCGGUGCUCCCCCAAUCCACAAAAUGAGACGGUGAAGGUGGACACUUCUGGGGGCUCCUGCACGCUUGCUCUCUGUGGAUGAUGGGUGACGAAAGACUCUGUGAACACCCCAAUCCUGUGGAAGUUCUCAACGUCUAUUUGGGAGACAAUCUGCAGCCCCGCCAAGGAGUGCACCCGAGGGAAACACGCAGCCAUCUGGACCCGCCCAACCCUUUCCCGGAACAGACCUGGGCAUCCAGUCAGAAAGAGCAUCUAACUCUUUCUGGUUCCACGAGGCAAGAUGCUCCUCCCGGGGGCUGCAGCGCAGAGCCUGAGGGCCAGGGGAGCAAGUCUCCCCAGGAGGGCCCACGGCAGAGCCAGAGUUCAUCGACCCAAGUGGUGUUCUGGGCGGGUAUCCUGCAGGCCCAGAUGUGUGUCCUGGACCUGGAGGAGGAGCUCGAGAAGACUGAGGAGCUCAGGGCAGGGCUGAGGUCCUGCAUCCCCAGGGCCCCUGUGGACUGCCCCCCUUUCUCCUCCAACCCGGCCAGCCCCCUGGACUCAGGCCUCCAGCCCAGGCCACCCAAGGAGGCGGCCUCUGGGGAAUGCGGCAGCAGAGCUGAGGGAGCGGACCUGGCCUUGGGAAGCCCCGGGGAGGAGACUCCAGGCUCCUCCCCGGAGUGGGGCGCUGAGGAGGAGAGCGCUUUCUGUGACAACCCCCUCUUCCUGGGGAGCCCUUGCUCAGACACCGAUGCUCCCAGAGAGCACUUUCCCUGGCGGUUCCCGGCCUCCUGCUCUGAUGCGAAGCCUGAGAGCCCGCAGACGCUGGAGCCUCCUCGGCUGGGAGGCAGCGAGCCAGGGGGACUGGGAGAUGAGCCAGACUCAGGGGAUCACAUGGCUAAUUCCAGCGGGCACAGCACCCCUCCGUUCCCCGUGCCCACCUACACACCGCACUCCUCCUUCCGGGCAGCACUGGACACCACCCACCAGGCUCCGGCAGCUCCACCUGGACUGGGCGAGGGUGAGACUUCUCUGGCGGGCAGUUUCCAUCCUGCAGCAUCCUGUGUGGACAGAGCACUGACCUGGGAAACACGAUAUAUCAGAUCUGGCCCUGGCCCUGCUGCCCAUCCUGUGCAGCCUUCGGCCCUGCCCGGUCCUGAGGGCUGGCAGACUGAACAGGGUCCUCCCUGGCCCUGGGUGCCCCUUAUCUCCCAGGACAGAGACGAUAGAGAUGCUGAGUGUUCCCAGGAGCCUGCUCCCUGCACCCCAGCCUCUGGCCCCUGGUGGGGCCCAGACGCUGCACCGGAGCCCAGCCGCCCUGAGUCUGAGGACAGAGACCCCGGCUCCAGGCCUGGCCCUAUGUCCUCCCAGGAGGGCAGACCUCAGCCCCAGAGCAGCCACCCCAGUAGCAUCUUCCCCACGUGGACCCUGGAGACUUCCUGCCCUUCACUCCUGGAGACAGACAGGGCACAGCCUGGUUCCUUGGAGAGAGAGGAGGCCAGAGAAGCCCCAGCCCCAGGGGAGGAAGUGAAGAGUGAGGGCCCUGCUGGCACCACAGACGCCAGAGCUGUCCAGCCCACUGUUCACCUGACGCCUUCAGGAGGGCUUCCUGAGGACCCCAUGCCCCAGGAGAAGUCCCCAGAGGAGGGCCAGGGGCCGCAGGCUGCAGACAAGCUGGCUAAUGGCGUCAGGACGGAGAAGCUGGCCUGGGACCUGGCCUCCCGCCUGUACCGCCUGGAGGGCUUCCGGAAGUCCGAAGUGGCUGUGCACCUGCGGAAGAACGACGACUUCAGCAGGGCUGUGGCUCAGGACUACCUGUCCUUCUUCCAGUUUGGUGGCCAGAGCCUGGACCGCGCCCUCCGGGGCUUCCUCCAGGCCCUGGUGCUCAGCGGGGAGACCCAGGAGCGGGAGCGAGUCCUCUACCAGUUCUCCAGACGCUUCCAUCAGUGCAACCCUGGGCUCUUCUCCUCAGUGGAUUCCAUACACACCUUGACCUGUGCUAUCAUGCUCCUGAACACGGACCUGCACGGACAGAACAUUGGGAAGAGCAUGAGCUGCCAGGAGUUCAUUACCAACCUGAACGGCCUGCAAGACGGUGGAAACUUCCCCAAGGAGCUGCUGAAGGCCCUGUACUGGUCUAUCCGAAGUGAGAAGCUUGAGUGGGCCCUGGAUGAGGAAGACACAGCCAGACCUGACAAGGCCCGGCCGUCGCCCACAGUUGGCAAGAUGAACAACCCCUUCCUCCAGCUGCUCCAGGACCCCACGGUGCCCACCUACAAGCAGGGCAUCCUGGCUCGAAAGAUGCAUCACGAUGUGGACGGCAAGAAGACACCAUGGGGCAAGCGCGGCUGGAAGAUGUUCCACACUUUGCUUCGAGGGAUGGUCCUCUACUUCCUGAAGGAAGAGGACCGUGGCCUCGAGGGGGAGAAUUUGAUGGGGCAGAUGGUAGACGAGCCUGUGGGGGUGCACCACUCGCUGGCCACGCCGGCCACCCACUACACCAAGAAGCCAUACGUCUUCCAGCUGCGGACUGCUGACUGGCGCCUCUACCUCUUCCAGGCACCCACCGCCAAGGAGAUGAGCUCCUGGAUCGCGCGCAUUAACCUGGCCGCUGCGGUGCACUCUGCACCGCCCUUCCCCGCAGCCGUGGGCUCCCAGCGCCGGUUUGUGAGGCCCAUUCUGCCCGUGGCUCCGGCCCAGAGCUCCCUGGAGGAGCAGCAUCGAUCCCACGAGAACUGCCUGGACGCCGCCUCGGACGAUCUGCUAGAUUUGCAAAGGAAAUUACCUGAGCGGCGGGGUCGCAGCCGGGAGCUGGAGGAAUACCGCCUGCGGAAGGAGUACCUGGAGCACGAGAAAACCCGCUAUGAGAUGUACAUGCAGCUGCUGGUGACCCGUCUGCACUGCCCCUCAGAUGACCUGGACCUGUGGGAGGAGCAGUUGGGGAAAGAGGCUGGAGAUGCCCAGGAGCCCAAGCCCAGCCUGAAGAAGUCCCACUCAAGCCCCUCUCUGCACCAGGAUGAGGCCCCCACCACGGCCAAGGUGAAGCGCAACAUCUCAGAGCGAAGAACCUACCGGAAGAUUAUCCCCAAGCGGAACCGCCAUCAGCUGUGAAGCAGCGUCACCUCGCAGACUUUGGCCCCUGCUCUGAGGUGGACCUGGGGUGGAACCCUCUGGGGAGCCCCUGUCAGUGGCCCCAUGGCCAGGGUGAGGCCCCUCCUUCCCUGCUGGAGGGCAGCCCAUCUGCCUCUCUGAGCUUUGCCAGGACUGCUCCACCUGCCCCACUGUGGAGCUGUCCCAGUCUCUGGCCCUCCUGAAGGAGGAGGGAAGCCAAAGAUUUGGCUCCACCCUUAGAGUUUGUCCCACAUCACUCUCCACUCCUCCAAAAUCCGGAGUGGCUGUUUCCUGAGCCUGGGAGCAUCUCAGCACUUGUUUGAGAAGCAGAGAAUGAUGGGCCCUGAGCUUCCUAGAAAGUCCAGGGCAGCGGAGGCCUCUGGGCAGUUAUGUCCUGGGGGUGGUCUUGCUCUGGGAAUCAGGUGACCUACUGAAAGAGGCCCUGGAAGACCCCAGCCAGUCUCCUUGGGCCCUGAGGCAGCAGGGUCACUCCGGCCCUGCCCUGGGAGGGGACAGCGUUUAAGCAGGCAGGCAGGCCUCAGGGCCCAAGGUGGCUGACUGACCCUGGGGCUGUGCCUUUGUCUCCCAUUCCCUACAGUGGGCCCCGCACCAGAGCAACUGAGAGCGUCCCACCUCCCAUGUCCAAUUGCCAGUCACAGAACUGGGCCGAUGGCCCAAAAGUGGUGGGGGCUCUAGGGGAAUCCUGGACGAGGGGCCAUUGUGUCCCCAAGGCCAGGAAAGAGGUUCAGCUCCCUGGGGAGGCUGAGCAUAAGAGGUGGUGACCCACCCCCGGGGGCUGUCUUGGAAGGAGAUGCAGCUGAGGAGAGUGUGAGGACCAGACCCCCUCCCACACACCUCAUCCCUUAAAGCUUCUUUCCCCAGGGCCGCCAGGCCCCCCCCCGCACCCCUGCCCUCCCUGAGAAGUCCCCUCGAGCUGCCCUCUGGCUGCUCCCAGCUGAGCCUGUUCUCAGGGGCAGGGGACAGGUGGGGGUUCCGGACACUCAGGGACCUGAGGCCGUGCCUGUGGGAAGGAGGCUGGGCUGGAGGAACAGCCACCAUUGUCUCUGUUCAGCCAAGUGUGCCCGCAGGCUGCCGCCAAGAGCGGCCUCCCUGAUGCCUGCCUGCCGCCCGCUGGCUGGCGCGCUGCCUCUCCAGCCUCCCUGCUGGGCCUCCUCCUCCCCUCCAUGUCCAUGCUUGUGACCAGCCCUGGGGCCUGCAACUCCCCCAAGUGGGGCUGGCCCUUGGGGGUCAGAGGCGUCUGACCAGGGCCUGGGGCUGAGCCAUACACCCAAUGGGUGUGCAAUAAAUACAGGUCAGUGAAGAAAGUUGUGCACAAGUGUGUG